GAGGAGGUGGUGGGAAGGGACUGACCGCCCGCUUCAUGUAGGAGGGGCUUAUUACCUGGAGACACGCCCAUCAGCUGGGACUGGCGGAUAGGAUGAGUUUGGGCUCCGCCUCUUGUGAACGAUGAUUGGUAACGGAGGUUUUGGCGGGCACAUCUUUGUACGAAUAAACCAAUAGGGAUGUAGGGGUGUGGUUUACAUGAGCCAAUGAGGACGAGGCCAGGAGUAUAAAUGAUCUGCACGGUCCGCUCCUCACCUCAUUCUCUUGCUGUGUACAGAUCUCUGCAGAGCCAUGGCCAGAACCAAGCAGACAGCGCGUAAGUCCACCGGUGGGAAAGCUCCCCGCAAGCAGCUGGCCACUAAGGCCGCCAGGAAGAGCGCCCCCGCCACUGGCGGAGUCAAGAAGCCUCACCGCUACCGGCCCGGGACCGUCGCUCUCCGGGAGAUCCGGCGCUACCAGAAGUCCACCGAGCUGCUCAUCCGGAAGCUGCCCUUCCAGCGCCUGGUCAGAGAGAUCGCCCAGGACUUCAAAACCGACCUUCGCUUCCAGAGCUCGGCCGUCAUGGCCCUGCAGGAGGCCAGCGAGGCUUACCUGGUCGGGCUCUUCGAGGACACCAACCUCUGCGCCAUCCACGCCAAGCGGGUCACCAUCAUGCCCAAGGAUAUCCAGCUGGCCCGCAGGAUCCGUGGCGAGAGGGCUUAG